AUAAGCAGAAUAUAGAUACUAAGCUCAAAGAGUGGUGGUUGAUGUUUUGUGGAGUCUUACCCGUCAUGAUGAACUGCUCUGCCGUUAUACUGCUCCUUGGUUCCCUCUUUAUCAUCGGCCACUGUGUUUUUCCUCCCGGUUCUUGUGAUGGAUACACAAACAUAACUGACACAUGGCGCAACUACUUAUUUAUAUCAAGUACCUUUUCUGACUAUCCAAACGAUGAUGCUGCGCUUGUUGGGAAUUGGCUGCGCUUCGUGGGACUUGGUGGAGAUACACUUAUACCAGACUGCCCAGCAGGCCCUUGUGGCGGUACCACGUACCCAAUUUAUUUUCCCUUUAGUUAUCCAAAAGAUGAAUCAGAAACUGCGAGUACAGGGACUGCAUAUGCUAAUAAUGGAUCUUGCGAGGCUUAUAGUUCUGAGAUGUCCGUGGUCCUCUGUCCUGGAGGGUUCUACAUCUACAAACCAUCCAGCCAUCAAAGUAGCAGCAUGGGUUUUGUGACCUACCAUUCUACAUGUGACUCAGUCUCCUGUGGACCCCUAGCUCUGUGUUCAGGUAACGGAGGCUGUAUUUGUGAGUCUGGGUAUGAAGUACCCCCCGCUUACCGCCCCACAUCAGAAUCCUACGGUUGUGAUGACAUCAAUGAGUGCACGACUGCAGGUAUUUGUGGUCCCAACGCUCAAUGCAACAACGCUAUUGGAUCAUAUUCCUGUACCUGUCUGGAUGGAUUCAAUGCUACAGAUCCAAUAUCAGCACCUGGACUAUCCAACAAAUGCACAGACAUCGAUGAGUGCACGACUGCAGGUUUUUGUGGUCCCGACGCUGAAUGCAACAACACUAUUGGAUCAUAUUCCUGCAUCUGUCUGGAUGGAUUCAGUGCUACAGAUCUGACAUUACCCCCUGGACUAUCCAACGAAUGCACAGACAUAGAUGAGUGCACGACUGCAGAUAUUUGUGGUCCCGACGCUGAAUGCAACAACACUAUUGCAUCAUAUUCCUGCAUCUGUCUGGAUGGAUUCAGUCCUACAGAUCCAAAAUUAGAACCUGGACCAUCCAACGAAUGCACAGAUGUUGACGAGUGUGGCAUAGAUCCCCCCAUCUGUGGUCCCUAUGCCAACUGCUCCAACUCAGAUGGAUCUUACUCCUGCACCUGCUUCGUUGGUUUUCAGGAGAACGUCACAGGCGUGAUAGCCAGCUCUUCUAACCCAUGCACAGACGUGGACGAGUCUCUCGAGAAUGUCUGUGGCGAUGGCGGGACUUGUAUAAACAACGUAGGAAGCUUUGUGUGUGUCUGCCAUCCAGGCUACAAGCUUGAACUCGACGCGACUCCUCUUUGCCAAGAUAUUGAUGAGUGUUUCAACUCCACCAUCUGUGGCCCUGACUCCGAAUGCACCAACAUACCAGGAAACUACACCUGUAAAUGUGUCCUGGGGUACGCGCCAACUGAUCAAAACAGGCAGCCCAGCGAGACAAACAUCUGCAUUGAUGUUGACGAGUGUGACAUAACUCCCCCGAUCUGUGGUCCCUAUUCCAACUGCUCCAACUCAAUUGGAUCUUACUCCUGCACCUGCUUCUCCGGGUUUCGGCUGAACCAGCAGAACCUGAUAGCCAGCUAUUCUAACCCAUGCACAGAUAUAGAUGAGUGCAGUGAGACCCCGGGUCUGUGUGGGAUACUAACUGUGUGCACUAAUGUACCGGGGACCUACUAUUGUUCUUGUCGUGAUGGAUUCUACCCUUCAACUGGACUCGUUUGGAAGAUUGGAGUCACAUUUUGUGAAAGCCUCGAUGUCAUUUUAGAUAGGAUAAAACCUCCACAGGGUCAGACAAAAGAGAGAGCUUUUCUUGGAAACAUGGACCAACAACUGACAGAAAAUGGGGACAUGUACUUACCAGACGCAACUGUGUCAAACAGCAUAUCAGCAUCUAUGGAAGUGUCGGGUGUUGGACCACGUGCCAGGUUAAGAAGUGUGAGUAGCCAAGGAGACGCGGAGACCGGAAGUAUGAUCCUGAACAUCUCCGACCGUUUGGUGUCCGCCAUAGUGCAGCCAGGUCAAAACAAAACCCAGAGGACAGUGACGAGUCCAACACUGGAUCUAAGUAUUCAAACUAUCGGGCCCGAAGACAGCGACGCCGAGAGCACUGCGCUCUCAGCCAACGGAAACACCAUGCAGAUCAACUUGGAAGGCCUGGCCAAAAAUAACAAUGGUUCUGCAGCAGUUGCCUUCUUGACAAUAAAUGGGAUGGAGAGUCUUCUUAGCCAUCAGUACUUUAAAACCGAGAACAGGACAGAAAUGUACUCGGACGUCAUCACUGCCGUCUUACCAUUAAUGAACAACACCAACCUCACAGAGCCUGUCAACUUUACCAUCCAGCAUAAGAAGACACUGACUGAAUCUGGUUUGGUGACCUGUGUGUACUGGGAGGAGAGCGCAGACGGCAAAACCCAGGACAAGCGUUGGUCGGUAGACGGCUGUUUGGUUGCAUACACCAAUGAAAACUACACCGUGUGCAGCUGCUCCCAUCUGUCCACGUUUGCCCUCAUCAUGCAGAUAGGGGAGCCUCCCCAAGAGGACUCUUUCCUUGAGUGGCUAAACCGGAUGUGUGUGACCAUCGGGCUGUUCUUCCUCGCUUUGGCCAUCUUCACCUUCCUGCUCUGUAGCUGGAACCCCAAGAUCAACAAUACGGCUCGUCUUCACCUCUGCCUCAACCUCUUCUUCUCCCAACUGCUGCUGCUGUGGAAUGACAAAUAUGUGGAUCAAGCGCGGGCCUGCACAGUCAUGGCAGGUGUUCUCCACUUUGUUGUGGUAGCAAGUUUUGUGUGGAUGCUGCUGGAGGCGCUUCAGCUCCACCUGUUGGUCCGGAGACUCUCUAAGGUGCAGGUCAUCCAGAGAGACGGCCUCCCAAGGCCACUUCUCUACCUGAUUGGCUACGGCGUUCCAUUUGUGAUUGUGGGGGCUUCUGCACUCAUAUAUUCGGAUGGAUAUGGUGCUACUGAUGCAAAAGUGUGCUGGCUCUCCACAAAGCGCCAUUUCAACUGGGCUUUAACGGGCCCUGUGGUUGCCAUCCUUGGACUUAAUUGGAUCUUGUUCUGUGCUACUUUAUGGAGCUUGAGACCAACCUUGGUCAACAUGAAAAGUGGUGCUUCUCAAUCCAAAGACACCAGGUUGGUUAUUUUCAAGAUCCUGUCCCAGUUUGUCAUCUUGGGCUGCACCUGGAUUCUGGGCCUCUACCAGUCAAACCUAUUCUUCCAGGUGCUCUUCAUAGUUCUCAACUCCCAGCAAGGCACCUUCCUCUACAUCGUCCACUGUCUGCUCAACAAGGAGGUCCGAGAUGAGUACGUGAAAUGGCUGACCUGUUCUUUCAAUACGAGCAAAGAAAAAGGAUCAGUGAAAGAUGUGCCCUCAGUCUCUGAAGACGUGGCUGAAGGCUGAAGAGCGGCAGCGUGAAGGACGAACCAAUAUCCCAAAAGAGGGACGCACGGCAGCAAGGAGACGUGCAAACCCAUACUUCAAUCAUCAAUUAGUCAUUACAUAUUAUCAUUACAUUGCUACUUUGCUGUUUUCUUUGAGGAUGACAAAUCAUAAGAUAUAUAUAUAUAUAUAUAUAUAUAUAUAUAUAUAAAAACGUGUGUGUGUAUGUCUACCUCGUCUGUAUCUACUAUUAUUCAUCAUGUAAUUGUCUGGUUUGUAUGACGUUCACUGGGAGACAACUAAAAAAAGACUUCCAACACCUUAAAUAAAUAAAUGAGGUAAUCUAUAUGCCAAAUAUU